AAUCUUCCAUCUUUGUGCGGGGCGCCAGACUGACGCUUCGCAUUCUUGAUUAUCAAGCACUGCGGGUUUACGAACUCAAAAACAAAUACCUGACCUAACGUCGUGUUUUCUGCUCAGAGAGCUCGACAAGAUGAACACGUAUUUUAGCCGCUGUCACCUCGUUAUCGCCUAUUUUGUCUUGGUUGGUUUGGUUCUGGGUUUAGAAGAUGGCCCGAAUCGCCCGGUUAUCGGCGCUCCAGGAUCAGUCCGUCUGUCCGAAUCAGACCCGGGGGUUCUGAAAGCAAUACAGUUUGCCGAGGAGCGAUAUAAUAUGGGUUCCAACGCGAUGCACUUUCGUCGCGUCAGUAAGAUUUUAUCAGCCAGCAAACAGCUGGUGAAAGGUGUUAGGUACAGUGUUAUGGUGGAGAUUGGAAGCACACAGUGCAAGAAAUCUUCAGGACAGAGUUCAGCCAAGAGCUGUGAAUUUUUCACAAAUCCUCAAAAACAAAAGACUGAAGUGUGUUUGUUUGAGGUUUGGGACAUUCCCUGGGAAAGUAAAACCACGCUGCUUAAACAGAAAUGUCAGCCCGCAGUAAUCAAGGAGCCCCAAAAGGUUGCAGCCAUACCCCUAACUCAUGGCAAACCUAUGAAGGAAUCUCUUGAGCUUUUGACGCAGUUCAAAGACUUCAUGAUCAAAUACAACCGAACCUACAGCUCUCAAGAGGAGGCAGAGAAACGUCUGCGCAUUUUUCAGGACAAUAUGAAAACCGUGCAGACGCUGCAGUCUCUGGAACAGGGGUCAGCUGAGUAUGGAGUCACCAAGUUCAGUGAUCUUACAGAGGAUGAAUUCAGAACGAUGUACCUCAACCCAAUGCUGAGCCAGUGGAGUUUACAGAAGCAAAUGAAACCAGCGAGUCCAGCCAGCAGGGCCGCUCCUGACAGCUGGGACUGGAGAGAUCACGGUGCCGUCAGUCCUGUGAAGAAUCAGGGCAUGUGUGGCUCUUGUUGGGCGUUCUCUGUGACGGGAAACAUUGAGGGUCAAUGGUUCAAGAAGACCGGUCAACUAGUAUCUCUCUCAGAGCAGGAAUUAGUGGACUGUGAUAAACUGGACCAAGCCUGUGGAGGUGGACUGCCAUCCAAUGCUUACCAAGCCAUCGAGACGCUUGGAGGUCUUGAGACCGAGACAGACUACACUUAUACAGGACAGAAACAGAAAUGUGAUUUCUCUACAGGGAAGGUGGUCGCCUAUAUCAACAGCUCGGUUGAACUUCCUAGCGAUGAGAACGAGAUUGCUGCAUGGCUGGCUGAAAAUGGUCCAGUGUCUGCUGCUCUUAAUGCUUUUGCCAUGCAGUUCUACAGAAAAGGUGUGUCUCACCCUUUAAAGAUCUUCUGCAACCCGUGGAUGAUUGACCACGCUGUGCUACUUGUCGGAUAUGGAAAACGAAAUGGUACUCCAUUCUGGGCUAUCAAGAACAGCUGGGGAGAAGAUUAUGGUGAACAGGGAUACUAUUACCUGUACAGAGGAUCAAGACUUUGUGGAAUCAACAAAAUGUGUUCAUCUGCAAUUGUGAAUUAGACACACACACACACACACACACACACACACACACACACACACACACACACACACACACACACACAC